AUGCCGCAAAAUAACCCGGGUUAUAAUUUGGCGGCCAUUUGGGUAAAAAUAAAAAACCCGUUAUUGCUGCCGCAAUUUAAAAAAAUUUUAACCGUAAUUUUUUUUUAUCCUUUAAUUCGCAAGGCCAUAUUUAAUAUGGGUUUCGUAAUUACCCGGGUCAAGCCCGUUAUUCGGGCUUGCAAAAAAGCGCAAAUAACGGUUUAA